GCUUUUGAUGAAUCACCUGUGCUUGCUUGGUUGUUGACUGGAUCAGCACAUUUAGUUACUGUAAAAAAAAAAAAAAAAAACCCUCAUAAAUGUCAAGACCAAUGGAAACAAAAAAAUGAGGUUGUUGUGAAGUUAUGGUCAGCAAGUUUGUCUAAGUAAAAAUUGAUGUCGCAGUAUGUUACAUGUUCAUGAGCCUAUCUGCUAAGAGCAGCAUGUUUAAUGAGAGCAGGUGACAUCUAAACUCAACUGAACCUUUGUGGUGAUGAAAAACAGGCAACUUAAAUAGGGCACCAAAGUACUGAAGCUAAUGUUCAAAGUUUCUGCAAAUACCACUAAAGUAGGUCAGUGGCCUCUUUAAGUUGUUUCAUUCGCGCAACAGAGAUCACUUCAGUCAGAUACAUCUCUCAAAGUAAGUCAUCUGAGGAAGAUGUAACUAUGGCUAAAAACUUGUUGGAUUGUGUCUCGAUAAGAAAACCUUAAAGGGAUUAGAAAGGCACGCAGGCGGCAUGAAAUUAUGCUACCAAGUCAUGCUGAGUGGGUUCUAAGAGAUUAAAAAAGAUGAGCUGAGAUGAAUCUCCACUCAACCAUUUGGAGACUCAUUAUAAUAUUUCUAAGUUUUUCCAUAAAGCGCUGCCCUCUGCUCCCUGCUGACUGCCAAAGCUUCAAUAACCAUGGCUACCUGACAGUAGAACCAGCUCCACUCUUCCUCAUAGGCUCAAACCUGACAGUGUACUGCCACCUCAAAGAAUGUGAGAGGUCCGAAAUAUACCUGGAGCUGAACGGUGAGACCAUGGCUCCUGGGAAGAAAGUAAACUGCACCAUGACGAUUUUCAGUUUGUUCAAUGUCCGGACACCACAAUCUAUAAUGUACUGCAAGUUCCAGAGUGGUGAUGAUGUCAGUGGACUGGACCUACAAGGCGGUCUCCCUCCAGAUAAACCUAAAAAUAUUAUCUGUGAAACGUCAAGGAGCUCAGAUUUUAUAAACUGCUCUUGGGAAAGAGGAAAGGAAACACACCUCCCUACUGUCUACAACAUUUCAAUCUACAGAGAAAAUGGAACCCAGAUACUGCUAGAUCCAAUCCAAGAUGCUAAAGAAAUCACCAUACCACGAGCAAUGAUGGAUGAAAACACUAAAUACCAGUUAAAUAUCACGGCUUACAACCACUUUGGAGUCUCAGAGUCUGAUCCAGUCAUCCUCUGUGUAAAAGAUAUAGUGAUACCAGAGACCCCUAAUAUUAUGCAGAUAAAGUUUGUGAGUAACUCCACAGCAGCCACAUUGCAAUGGAAAACCACCGAAUACUCAGAAGGUCUCAGACCCUACGUCAGGCUCCGCACACAUCACGGCUCCUGGAAAUCGGGAGAGGGAACAGAGCUCAGUGAGGGUCUGAUACAAGUGGACGGCCUGAAGCCUCUGACUGAAUAUGAGUUCCAGAUGAGAACAUGUAGGUCAACAUCAGGACUGACACAUACCAGCUUCAUGCCCAGGUCAUCCACCAGCAAAAGGUUGUUCUGCAGCAAAUGGAGCCCAUCUGUGAGGGGGGAAAGCCCUGGGAAAGGUCCAUCUCAGCAGUUGCAUGUGUGGAGGAUAUUAGGCAGCCAGGGGACCAAUGGGGAGCAGAUGGUGACGGUUUUGUGGAAGCCUCCAUCUCCAGAGGAUCACAGUGGCGAGGUGCAACAGUACCAGACCUUUCUGGGUAAUAAACAGCAUGUGACCUGUAGUGCUGCUUUGAGCCACUGUUUGGUUAAGGUACCAGCAGAGGUCCAGGCACUAAGCAUCAGUGCUGUCACCUUGUAUGGGGCAUCUCCACCAGCGGCUGUGCCACUCAAAUACUCAGGCGAUUUUGAACCUGUUUUGAGAGAGUUGGCUCCUGCAGCUAAUGGCAGUGCUGUGUUGGUCUCCUGGUCGUGGCCGGGAAGCAAACACUUGUCAACACCUGGAGGAGAACUGCUGCACUAUGUGUUAGAAAGGACGAGUGUAUCUGUGGCAGAGUUGCACUGGCAAAAACUACCUAAAGAUCAAAACAACACAUCCAUCACAGGUCUGACUGCAGGCGUGAGGUACAAUAUCUCUCUGUAUGCUGUGACCACCAGAGGUGUUAGUGCUCCAUCAUCCGGUCUGGUCUACUCCAAAGAACAAAAGCCAGUGUCUGGUCCCAACUUAUCAGUCCUGGUCCAUGAGGCCAGACGAAUCCUGAUCCAGUGGGAAGAACUUCCUGUAAAUCACCAGAGAGGCUUCAUCACAAACUACACCAUCUACCUCCAGAUGUUGGACUCAGGCAACAAGGAACUCAGCAUGAAGGUGUCUGGCUUUGGGCCCAGACAGAAGUGGCUGGACUGUCCUGAUGGAGCUCUGGCUCUGCAGCUGACCGCAUCCACCUCAGCAGGAGAAGGGCCGCGGGGCACCCGGAUCUAUUUUCAGCUUGCAACCCCUGCAGCUGGCCUGGUGCUUGGGAUUGUUUUCUUCAUUACCGUCUUUCUAGCAAUCAUAGCCAACCUGAUGUGCUGGAGCUGUGUGAGGAGAAGAAUCAAACAGAAAUGUAUCUCCUGGGGACCAGCCUGGUUUGAUGAACACCUACCAAAACCAGGAAACAGUAUCGCCAUCAGACUACUGGAGCAGGAUGAAACUGAACCGCCGUUAUCGUCCAACUACAGUGACCCUCCAUUGUCCCCCGUCAGUCUCAUCUCCCAGGAGGAGAGGGACAACGUGUAUCCCAACGUCCAUGUCGAAAUAUCCCAGGUUGGAUCAGGACAACCCACAGUGGAGACACAUUUGCUGAUGUCAGAUGCUGGGACAAUGCUUGCUGACAGCCAACUGGAAGACGUCAGUUACAAACCCCAGAUUGCCACACUGGCUGCACAAGAACAGGAUUGGAUGCAGACAGAAGAAGAGGAGAGGGACGUACCAACACAUGAGGAGGAAGACGAGUGUUCAAAUGUAUUUGGAGGAUUACUUGGAGGCUUUCUUUCCAGUGUGGAGGUGGAUUUCUCUGAUACACCUCUGGGGCUGACUCUCAGAUCUGUUAGCAGCCCUUUGUGGCCUACAACUCCUGAAACAACAAGUGUCUUGAAUGGAGGCUUCUUUCUUGGGAGGAAGGGGACUAAGAACGAUGUGGAAGCGGACUGUCCCACUCUGGAUUUACAACAGGGUGAAAUAAUGACUCCUGACACAGAAGACGCAACUCAGGAUACAGUUGAGACAACACUGACUGAUGGUUACUUCCCUCAGGUAGCUGUUGUCAGCAGCACUACACUUUGUGACACGCAGAGGUAGCAGGGACGAUGGGUAUCAAUCUGCAUUACUAAACUGAUUUUCAAAAAAGCAUUAUUCAAGUUUACCACUCGACCUCAGUGACUUUGUGUAAUCAGAGAAAACAUUGCUUCAUGUGAACUAUACUCAGCUCUGUUAAAAACCAAGUUAAUAAAUGAAGUUUCACUUCUAA